AUGGCCCUGCAAGUCUCUUGCUCGGCGCUCACCCAGUGGUCUCUAACUCUCACACUUACUUCCGCACCGUACCCCCAGCGUGUAUCUUCCUCUCACGGCAAAUCGUCUUCUGAGUCCCGGUCUUUUUUUCUGCCCUUGCUCCCUGACCCGAACCCCCCAUUGGGUUAUUGUCUGCCGUCUUCCCUGGCGGGAGUGCAGCGCCAUGCCAUGCCACGCCCAGCUUUUGCCUGCCCUGCCCAUGUUGUGCUGUGUGUACGGCUCUGCUGCUGUGCUUUGCGUUGCUGCACUUUGCUUCGUCGUCUUUGGUUCGCUCUGGUCCAAUCCAUUCCUGUUGGAGCAAAGCAAUCCAACCUAGCCCAUAAUUACCGCCCUUUCUGCCCUGCAACGACAUGA